CACGAACACAACUCAAAUCACAAUGCACAUCUCAGGAGCAAUAAACUUAUUCGCAGCACUGCUGUGUGCUACCUCUGCCCUCGCUGCAGCCACCGCAGACUCAAUCCGCACCACCGACGUCUUCGCCUGGCCCUCAACAGCAUCGUCACCGCUCCCCUUCGCCAAAGUCUCGUACUCCUGGCCCGCUCUUAAUGCCACAGUAGACUCGUACACUGCACCGGCAGUCAAGUCAGAAGAGACCGUGAGAGUAGGCGUGCACCGCGCUGGCGACUGGGUCGGUGUGGCAACUUCGGGAUCCAACUUCGAUGCGACAAAGAAGCCUACCCUGCGCUUGCUCGUCGAUUCAAAUGGAGACGUGUGGCAUGUUGGCUUCAGCGCUGCUGCUACCGGAGGAAAGUCUACAGAUGGCUCGCUCGCGGUUGAGGUUGUGCCGCUGCGUCAGGGACCACAAGUCGCUUUCGACAAGCCGAUUGUCGUGAACCAACAAGGCGAGCCCGAGACAAAGGAACCUGAGAAGUCCUUCUUGCAAAAGUACUGGUGGGCAAUCGGUCUCUUCCUACUCGUACAAGUCGUGAUGGGUGGAGGUGAUGGAAAAUAGACAACAGCUCGCGUCUGAAGAUGUACAUAUACCAUUCAUGCCAAAUCAUCGCGGAAACAACACUCGAUCAGUCAAUUACCUACACACACAUGUUACCUAGAUGCACCAGGGCCGAGCUACUCCCUAUUCUUGAAACUCACGCUGAUGUAUGGCUGUUCGAAUGCACCAAAGGUUUGACGAUU